GAACGGUGCGCAAGUGUUACCGUGUUCCUUUCUUGAAGUGACAAAAUUGAAACGCCGUGCGAUACUUUUGUGUUCUAUAGAUUGUGUAAACUUAACCGAGUUAAUAACAGUUUUAUUCACAAAACUCUGUGUUUAAUCCCCCAUUGGAUGUGUUCUGAAAACAUUAAACAACUUCGUUAAGAUGUCAUUGCAACCCUGACAUGUUCCGCACGGCGUCUGUUGAGGGCUCGGGGCCGCGGACCCCACCGGCCUACGCCCCUCAUCCACCACAUCCCCAUCCCUACCCUCCUCGCUUCUACCCUCCCCGAAUUCGACCUCCACCUCCUCAAUACUGCUUCGACGCUGCGCGCUUCGCUUGCGAUGCUUCUAAACCACGCUACUUAGACGUUGAAAGAGAACGAUUAGUAACUAGAUGGCUGGCAGAAGCAAACGAAGCGUUAGUAAGAAGGGAUAGACCACCAAGAUACAAGCCUAGGAGUAGUGAAAGGAGACCUGACUAUCCGGAGAGGAGACCGAAUGCACCAGAGUGGGCGGAUAACUUUUUAUUGGGAAGAAGAAACGGGUCUGUAGAACCAGAGGAUGACUGUAGUGAAGUGAUGACUGUAAAGGAGUUUGUCGACAAAUUUUCUCUGCCAAGAGUGGUUAAGUUUGAAGGGGAAGAGAGACCAGUGUUGUUAUAUAGGGUUCUCGAAGCCCAUAGGAGAGUGGAAGCGGUGCCGCUUUCGGGAAAGAAGGGGAAACUGGUUGGCAAACCUUUGUAUAUCCCGGAUUCUUAUGACGGUAAGUGGAUUGACCUUUUUUAAUCUCUGAAGACCCAGCAAACUGUAAUGGAAAAAGCGCUAAACGCCCAAUGUACUUUAGAAUGCACUAAAUAUGCUUCAGGCCCUAGCAAGUAUGCCCUCAGUUUCAGUGAAAAAUGC